CUUUCAUACCCGGUCUCUCCCUCACCCAUGAAGAUCUGCCAUCCAAGUCCCGACUGGAUUUUGCACGCCUUGGGUUCUUGGUCCAGCCGCAGGUCAAAGGUACUCUGGAAUUGGUAAACUUCUUAGCAAUAAACCUUUUCCUAUUUUCACUGUACCUUUGAGACCACUUCCCGUAAGCAGUCUAGAGCCUUGUCUGGAAUCAUGCCUCUGUCAGGAACACCAGCCCCACCGUCCAAGAGGAAAAGGCUCUCCAAGAUCAUCACUGACCUGUCACACGUAACCCAAGAUGAGUAUGAAUCAGAGCCCAAUGCCUCAGAAUUUGACUUGGGGAAAAAGAUCAGGGCACCCAAGGAUAUCAUGCUGGAGGAACUAUCCCUAAUGAAGAACAAAGGCUCUAAGAUGUUCAAGAUGAGGCAGCUGCGUGUGGCCAAGUUCAUCUAUGAGAACAAUCCUGACUUCUUCAGUAGUGAGUCCAUGGAUAACCUCCAAAAGUUCAUGCCCAGUCUUGGGGGCCAGAUGUUGGUGGAUGUUGGUGGCCACGUGAUUGGUGGGCAGAUGGCUGGCCAGGCUGGUGGGGCCAGCCUAGCACCAGUGCCUCCUACUAAACCCGGAAGCUAUGGAAAGGGAGCAGUGGGUGGGCUGCAAGCAGGUGGGCUCACUGGUGGAGCUGGAGGUGCCGGAGUGGCAGGAGGAGCAGGGGGGAAGGAUGGUGUGUCAGGAGAUGCCUCACGGAGUGAGGAACAUUCUAAGGCUGCUUUGGAAAAAGGAAAAAAGAGGGCUGCAUAUGAGAAUACAUACGUUUCCCCUUGGGAACGGGCUAUGAAGGGCAAUGAAGAACUUGUAGCCACAAUGAAGGCUCAAAUGCCAGUACCCUGCUCUCAAAAAGAGCUGCGUAAAUAUAAGUGCUUCAACAGGAGUGCUCUGCCUUAUGGGGGUUUUGAGAAGGCCUCACAGCUGAUGACCUUCCAGCUGCCAGACAUCGAGGUGGCCACAGAGGAGCCUGAACCUGCAGUGGUGUACCAUCAUGAUAUCGGUUCACGACCCUCCUUCAACCGCACACCUAUCGGCUGGGGGGGCAGUGGUGAACCAGGCAGCUUUCACAUGGAGUUGGAUACUAUACCAUUCGAUGGCGAGACUGACGACCUGUGAAUCUACCUGUGCACACAGUCACAAUGCAACAAUCCAUCAGGAGAUUGGCAAACCUCUCUCACUGUACAUGUAACUUUGAAUCUAAAUCUGCCUCUGAAUGUGAGCUUUAAACAAAAACAAAAAAAGAUAUACGCAUGCAUUGGUGGAGGAUUUUUAUUUAUUUAUUUAUUUUUUGCAUGAAGAAUACCAGUUUAAAUGAAGGUGUCAGGUGGAGAAUGAAGUUUUGAUUCGCUUGUUAUGUUGCCAGCAUGUUGCACUUUAGAAGGGAACAAAUGAGCAUGAUGUCCCUUCAGCAACAAUGUCAUGUUAGCACUUGCAGUGAUGGACUUCUUUUUUCUUUCACUUAUCUCCCAUUAAGUCCCAAUUUAGCAUUUCAUUUUAGUGUCAUUUACAGGAGUAAAUGCUAACUAAAGUCAUGAUCAUCAUGCAUUUAUGAUUAUAAUGUUGUGGAACAUCUUACACAAUACUGUUGUUUCUGCUAUAGUAAAUUACUAUUAUUACAAGUAACAUGAGCGCAUUAUGCAUAUUAAUAUACUAAUCAUAUCCAUGUCUUCACAAACAUUAAUGCAAAAAUUCAAAAAUAAAAAUUCUAAACUACUGUCGGCACACCGCUACAUGGCCAUUCUUUAAUAAAUAAUUGAUAACUUC